AUGGCGCCGAAACGACAACAGGCGACACGGCUACCUGCCCUGGAGUUCAUCAAGCUCUUGACUGUCAAGAACAUCGAGGCCGGCGAAAGCGAAGAAGGCAAAGAGGGCGAGAACGGGAAAGAGGAAGAGGGUGCAUGUCCAACAGAAGACAGCGAGGCCGAAGAAUAUGACAGUGAGGCCGGAGGGCGAUACUUUGAGGGCCUCCAGUCCAACUCAGAACCCGGAGACUUUGCGGACAUGAGAAUGAGUCUCAUCUACGAGUGCAGUCAUCAGGCUGACACCGCCUUCCGUGUCAGGAUGUUCGAUGCAUUGUGGUGUCGCUGGGGUGAGGAUCUGGUUCAAGAGCGCCGAGUAUUCGACGAAUCUGUACCGAACACUACGUUGAGCAAGAAACUUGCAAAAUAG